CCACGUCCAACGUCCGUUCGUUUCGACUCUCUCGAUUUAUCGUUUCGAAGUUCUCAUGGGAAUGAGAAGAGAUUUCUCGAGCUUUCAAAAGGCACGUCGGUUGGUCCGUCUAGUAGGUUCACUUGUACUCAGAGGCACGAGAGCUCCACACCGACAUGUAGGGUUCAGAGAUCGAUUGUGAGUGCUCGGAAAGUUUGAUCGGGUAUCAUGCGCAAUUCAAAUUUGGAAUGCUCAAGACGACGCGGUUGCGCGGAGAAACAAUGAAGGUUCAAUUCCAGGAAGUUCUCUAACUGUGAUGUCACAAUAUAUCAGGUUUCGACAAAUCUGAAAGAAGUGCAGGCACACAUCAAUUUAACCACCUUGCAGAAAUUUCCUGCACUCACCGCGUUUUCCACCAGCUCUACGCUUCAGCUUCUCUAUAUGAGCUCACGAAAUUGGACUCAAAAUUUAAGAGAUCCAAACCUCUUUGAAAUCCCUUUUUUCGAAAAUCUUCGUCUCACAGUCCAUGGAAAGAGAGCUUUUAAGGGUCAAACGAUAGUUUGGGUAUAUGGGAGCCAUACCUGACAGUAACAAGGUUGAUGAUAAAGGCCGCCGCAUUCCAAGGCAAUGGGUGAAUAAAGCUCUUGAGAGAGUUCACGGCAGAAAAGAAAAACGAUCUGAUCACGUGCGAUGAAUCCUCCUGGUUGAAGAGGAACUACAGAUCGAUGUUCUCAAACGUAUUGUACCGUGGCGCUGACACGUAGUUUAAACCUUGUUAUCACGAAGGCCCGGCCCACGAUUUCAACUAGAAUUUCCUUACCGGUAAGCGGUCGGAAGAAGUCGUAGUUGUGUGAAAUCGGUCAACCGAAACAUACAGAUAAAUCGACUUAAACCCAAGAGCGAAAGAAGAGUAAAAUCGUAGUUGCUUCAACAUUCCGACAAUGCCUGACCUGUCGGCCUCGGACUCCUCUGCUGGCAAAGAUUCGGGUGCAAGUGCCACUUCAGCCAAAUUAAAUCCACCCACUACUGCAGCCCCACCGCCUGCUUUCAAGCCCUCCCGAGCCACAGACAAUGACACAUACUUCGAUCGUUACUUUAAGCCUUUACCUGGUGAUAUCGUCCUGUGCGAAAAGCUCGAAUUCGAAAAGAAGGAUAAGACGGUGAAGAAAGUCAAGAAGGUGAAGAAGAACGAGAAGACCGAGAAGGAGCCGCCGGUGCUGGCCAAACGAGCCGUGUCACUUUACUAUGAAGGAUUCGACAAGAGCCAGUUUCAUCCGGGCGACUACAUUCUUCGAAUAGGGAUGUUCGAACUGUCAAGGGCAGCGGAUACGCAGGAACAGACAGAUGAGUGGUGUUGGAAGGAUCUCAAACUUGCCACUCUCCACGUCUACUGGCCCAACUACCACUCGAGAGGCGAUUGGUUUCUGGUGGCAAAGUUUGUCCUCCAGAAAGGAAUCAGGGGCAUAAUCGAUCCGGAUGCAUACCGGCUGCCCAGAGACUUCAAAGAGGAUCCGAAAUUCAAGGAAUCCCACGGCGACAUCAUCCUGCGGAGGAUCAAAAUUGCGGACCCAACGCGGCCGUGGGGAUGGGCCUUCAAGCCAUUUCAGCUGCAAGAAUACUGGAUCGACAGCGACCUGCAACCCGCGGACAUCGUGGUGCACGUGCGAGGGCACUUCUUCCCGGAAUUCAGAGGCCGACCCGAAGAACGAGACUCCCCAUACACACUACAACAGAGUUUGUUCCGCUUGGAAGCGGACUGCUGCUGGUGCGAUCCCGUGAGCCAGAAAUGGUUGUACGGGGGGCAGGCAGCGCACAACUUCAAGGUCAAAGCGACUCAGAACUGGAUCACGCAGGAGAGGUUUCACGCCGUGCCCAAGCCCGGCGACAUUCUCAUCACGCAGGGCGAGAAUCUGCUCAAGCCCAUCACUGACACCAACCACGAAGGCAGCUACGUGCAGAUUUACAACGAGCGCCGGUUCUUCUACCCCGGCAACCCGCCCCUGGCCACGGUGAACGUCCGCGGGCCCGGGAACAUGGCGGUCCGCUUCGGCCACUUCGACGAGCACUGGGUCUGGGAAGAGCACGCGGCGCUGCAGCUCUUCCACUACCACGAGAACCACGGCGCCUGGUACACGCUGGGGCCCGUCGUGCUGCCGCACCUGUGGACCAAUCGGCCGGACUACAAAUUCGAGCAGCGCCCGCUCGCGCUGAACUCCGUCGCGGCGGACCUGAUUCCCCGCGACGGCGACCUCGUCAUUCGGAAACCGCUGGCGCCUCCGCCGAAGCUGCCCUCGCCGCUGGAAAGCAAGCCCGACCUCAGGACGCACUCGUACUUCGAGACGAAGGACGACGAGCUGAGCCCCAGCCCCGACCCGUUCUGGAAGCGGGUCAUGAAGGUGGUGCCCUUCAGCGCCGAGCACAUCCGACGGUACCCGCUGGUUCCGGGCGACUGCAUCCUUCGGGCCGGGCUCGAGACGGCCGGGCCGCUGUCCCGCGCCAAGUACAACGCCACGGCCGAGCUGUACAUGCUCAGCCUCGACCACUGGGAUCGGAAGGUUUGGGUGUUCCGAGGUCGGGACAAGACGUUCUUCGGAGGACCCGCGCCGGAGCCUUACGUGGAGGACUACGAUAGGGCGAUGAAGAUCCCGCAUCACGAGCCCGUCAAGCGCGACCUGCGGCAGCCCGUCGGAUCGGUGCCGCGCCUGCCGACGUCCGCGUCUCGGCGCGUGGCCGGCAAGUCGAGGGACUCGCGCUUCAUUCUGCUCGAGAGGGCGAGAAGCGACGCGGCGACGGUGAAAGUGUCGCCGUCGGCGUUCAAGGAUAUGCUGAAGCAGACGCUGAUGGGCGACCCGCCCGGGCAGGCGUCGGGCAAGAGCGGGCCGGUGAAAGUCACGCCGGCGACGUUCAAGAAGAUGCUCAUGGGUGGCCCGUCCGGCAGCGACUCGCCGGACCGAGCGGGAGCGGUGAAUAUCUCACCGCUCGAGUUCUCGCGGCGGCUCAAGGCGAUGGCGGAUGCGUCGCGCGUCCCGGCUCCAGUCGUCGACGCGGUGGAGGUCCCGACGUCGGAUUACCGAAAGCUGUUCAACGAAUACAAAAGCGAGGGGCUCAGCACCUCGUCGCCGGCGAAAAGCCCGGCUGAAGGGGUGAAUGUCUCACCGCUCGAGUUCUCGCGGCGGCUCAAGGCGAUGGCGGAUGCGUCGCGCGUCCCGGCUCCAGUCGUCGACGCGGUGGAGGUCCCGACGUCGGAUUACCGAAAGCUGUUCAACGAAUACAAAAGCGAGGGGCUCAGCACCUCGUCGCCGGCGAAAAGCCCGGCUGAAGGGGUGAAUGUCUCACCGGAGGAGUUCCGCAAGAUGCUCCACGAAGUUCUAGCCGCCUCGGCUCGCCGCUCCUCUCAGAGGAAACCGAUUAAAGAGCCCCUGGAAGUUUCGUUGGAAGAGGCCCAACCCAUGUUCCACGAUCGGGUCCAACGCGGAUACGCCAAGGCCCGCGCGCGGGUGAAAAAACCCCAGCCGGUAGAAAUCUCAAUGGAAGAGUUAAGCCAGCGGAUCAAGCAGGUCGUACGAGGACGCCCCAGCGGCUCCGCGCCGCGGGCUCUGAAGCAUUGGCCUCUCGGGCCGCUGCCUCCCGGGCCUCUCUUCCGGCCCGAAGACGAUCUGGACGAUCCAUCGUCGGCCCGAGAUGACAUUGCCCCGAUCCCUCCGGCGGAGUUCCGGCAGAUGCUCCACGGCAUGAUAAGGAAGGGCGACGACGCCUCCGCGCCGUCGAAACUGGCGAAUAUCUCAGCAGAGGAGCUCAAGAGGAUGCUGGCGGACGUCAUGAAUGAAGCCACCGGCGGCCUCUCGGCCCUGCCGGCGAAAGGCGCAGACGUCAAGGUGAAUGUCUCGCCGGCGGAGUUGAAGAAGAUGAUUGAGCGGGCGCUGAUCGGCGACGAGCCGCCGGUGACGGGCGAGAUCAAAGUGUCGCCGGUGCAGUUCAAGCGGAUGCUCAAGGAGAGGCUUUUGGACCCCAGUCCCGAGGAAAAUCAGUCGAAGCCUGGGAAUCCAUCGGAUCUCGUGAAGGUGUCACCGAUGGAAUUCAGACAAAUGCUCUUCUCGACGAAAGGCGACCCACCUUCGGAAGGACCUGCGACGAAUUUGGUGAAAGCUUCCCCAUCGGAGUUCAGAAAUCUGCUCAUCAAUCAGAUGUUGAAGGGGAUCUAAACUGAGAACAUUUGACCUGACAAGGUCCUCGCUCUCGCGACGCAUCUCCUUCUCGCCGUCCUCCGAACGAAACAAACCAUACUCGCCUAGUGGUGACCAUGAUCUUCUUGUUGUCAAAAGACACCAGAACCUUGUGUUACUCGACGCUAAAAGAGGGCCGAGUGCAUAGCAAAAACGAUGAGACGGAUAACUCAACGCGAGGACAUAAGAUGGACCCAACGAUCUUCUGGCGUCAGAAGGAAAGGAUGUUACGAAGAAUUACUUGUUGAAUGCGGCAUUUAUGAAGAAAUGUUUCGUUUCCGACAUUUGUUAACACAGUGGUCACAAUAUCUUUGGAUUC